AUGGAUCCCACAAGUGGUACAGUCAUACCAGAGAACUUUGUUCUGAAUACGUUUAUUCACUUUACAGCAGAUAAUAUUGAUAUUCUGGAUGAAUCACUAGACAGGAAGUACACUUUCCAUGCCACCCAAAUGACUGCAUAUCAAAGAAGUGACAACAGAAAUCAGGAUCCACUCAUUGCAGUUGAGAUAUCUGCUGCUGAAACUUUAAAAGUUCCAGAUAUCCUACAAGAUGUUGCUCCUGUUGGAAUCAUUGAAGGAAAAACAAAACCUGUUUUUCAAAAGCCAGUCACCAACGAUCUUUUUGAGAGUGACAACAACGAAUUGGAAGUACAACAAAAAGCAGAAGCGACACAUCAAGCAUUCUUUGUUCAUCGCCAAGAAUGUGCGCAAAACCCUGGUUGGACCAGUUUCAACCAAAACUACUCCACCACCAAUCCACCGCAAACAUCUAUUGGGCACAUGCCAAUUAUCCUUGCCCCUGCUCACAAGUUUGAUACACUAAGCAUUGUCAUCAGGAGAUGUAUGUUUGUGACAGAACAUUUUGGACAAGCCUACACUGUAAUUACCAUAGACCAAGCUCUGUAUUGCAAGUUGAUGGAGCUCAAGUGGAAGAUUCCAGAGUUUAACAAAAACCUGAUUGUACCAUUGGGCGGUUUACAAAUCUCGAUGAAUUUCCUCAAGGUAAUUGGAAAGCAUAUGUCCGGAAGUGGAUCGUGGAUCGAAAGUGGCUUACUCGGGAAAGGAGCGGCGGAGUUAGUGUUUUCUGGCAAGGCUUAUAGUAAAGCAAUGCCCAUAAGAUAA